AUGACCACUGUGGCAGCUGCUUUGAAAACGCGACUAGAGGGACCAUUACCUGCGGUGGCCUAUCCCUUCCGAGGCGUGCUUCACUUUAUCCACCAUCCGCGUCGCAUUGCAGGGCCCAUCUUGUCGUCUGCUGUGAAAGCCAGCGUACUGAGUUUAGUGGCCAUUGUGCCUAUUGUUCGGUAUGGGUUUGGUCCGCAAGCUCAGUUGGCUUCCCGGAUCUACCUGGAAUGGCGACCGCAAGACGCAUGGUUUGCAGGCAUUGGAGCCUCGAUUACCGGUGGUUUGCUUUGUCUGAUGGAAUCGUUCGCGGUGGUGGCCCAACUGCACCAGUUUCUCGUUGGCUCGGUUCAAGAUCGCUUUUUUGACACGGUACUUCAAGAACGCGGGCGGUUGCCUCCUCGGGCCGAAGCAUCCAGAAAAUCUCAUGAGGGGACAGUGGACGACAAGUCAGGAUCGGCCCGUAUGAAAAAGCACGCCUUCCUGUCUCCUGUAAAUAUCAUGAUUUUAACAGCGAGAGAAUCGGACAGUUGGCGUCUCGCGUUAUUACGGCCACUCGUAUUCCUUGCCACCUUGCCUUUAAAUUUUGUUCCUGUGGUUGGCCCUGCAUCGUUUGUGGCCAUCCAAGCCAUUUUCCGAGGUGGCGAGACCCACAAACGUUAUUUUAAUCUCCAUCACUGGUCAGACGAGAAACGACAACAACGUGUGGAGGAGGCCUUUGGACAGUACCUUCGCUUCGGUAUGCUAGCCACCGCCUUGGAGAUGAUUCCCUUUGCUGGUUUUGUCUUUUCUUAUACCAAUCAAAUCGGGGCGGCAAUGUGGAUUACCGAUAUCAACCAAGACGAGCUGGUGGAAACCCCGACGAAAACAGAAUAA